AUGGACCGACCGCUGCACUUGGACACCCAGUGUGGUCAGGGUCAAGACCAACGAUACUCUUUUUUGAAUACACCGAGGGAGAUGCAAGGAUCCGAUGAAUCCAGCGUUCCCGUCUUCGCUCCACGUCUGCCGUCUCACAGUGUCCAUGAUCCCGCAUAUUUACAGUCGCAGCAUGUACCUCAACAGCCUCCAACUACAUCACAAUCACCACAUGGCCAGUAUGAAAACUACAACCAUUCCGUGCAACCCCACCAAUACGAAUCCGACGAAAAGAAGUCAUAUGGCAAUGAAAAAGGCCUGAUGCCUCCAUACGCACAAUGCCCCCCGGUCGAGCAACAUCCAGCCUUUCAUGUUCCAGCGACUCCCAAUCGCGAGUUGCAAUUUUCGCCUCAGCCACCCCAGUAUCCUCAUGAUGAAGUACCAAGCUCUGCUGGGCAGUACCCUGAUGGCUUCCAUCCUGCCGAGAUCCAGAGAAGCGAAACCUUCUCCAUUGAACCAGACUCGAAUCCAUUGCAAUCACCUCUCGCCACGUACCUCCCUCCCCCCACAGCGCCGACGAUGAUCUCGUCACCGGACCAGCCCUUGAGUGACCUGGGCGCCUUUCAUCAUCCUGGGCAAUCGAUGCACCCCAAUCAAGAAGCUCACGGUGGAAACUGGCAUCAUGAAAUGUGUGAAUGCUCCAACAUCACAACCUGCUGUCUGGGCGUCACCUGUCCUUGCAUACUGUAUGGAAGGACUCAACAUCGUCUGGCCAUGAAGUCUCGAAAGCAAGACCCAACGAAUAUGCUGGGAUAUAAUACCUUGAAUGGGUCAUGCAUCGGUAUGGCUUUUCUCUGUGGCUGCCAAUGGUUAUUUGCUACCGUGCAGCAUACGCGGACGCGCAAAGCUUACGGGAUUCAGGGAAACAUCUGUACCGACUGUGUUCGAGCUACUUGUUGUACGUGUUGCACACUGAUCCAAGAUGAAAAGGAAAUCCAGACGCGAGAGGAGCGUAGGGGGAGGGCGGCUCGAGAGCAGGGCGCAACUCUUUUGUCGCCAUAUACCGCUCCUACCGCCAUGACUUAUCCUGGGCCACCUACCCAAAUGAGACACGGGCGGAUGGGAUAG